UAUGGCCUAUGCGACACGUGGCAUUUGACACGAGACAAAUACAAUCAACGGUUGUAACACAAUAAAUUAGGUGUAUCUUUGCGCACUAGAUCUUUCCUCGUAACACCAACACCAUCCUCCAUCGCGCGAUCUGCGACUCCUCUCUGUUGUGAGAAACGAGACGACGAGAAGAAGAAGAUUUAGCCGACGAAUACAACAACAACAACAAUGGUGAAGGUUUUGACCUACUUUGGCAUGACAUUGGCCGCUUUCGCCUUUUGGCAAUCCAUGGACAAAGUUCAUGUCUGGAUCGCUCUUCAUCAAGACGAGAAGCAAGAAAGAAUGGAGAAGGAAGCAGAGGUAAGGCGGGUUAGAGCAGAGCUGCUCCGGAAAGCUAGAGAGGAGGACCCUCUUGCCUGAUCUUCUUCUUCGGUUAUGCUUUUGGGUUUCUUAAUCAUAUCAAUUCACUUCUCCUGCACAUUUUGUCUUUACUGUUAUGGAUCAAAAUUGAGUUUGCAUAAAGUGACAUUACCAUAUAUGCUUUUGAAUGUGGGAUGAUGAUGAAUAAUUUUGUCUUUGUUCUUCUUCUUAACUAAUGAAACACUAGUGGAGAAGUUUCAGCAUCUA